GAUACAGGGUUUCUGUCUAUACUAUAACAAUACACUUUGAUUCAGUUUUUUUUUUUGAACAGUAGGAACUGUGAGAGGCAUGUAAUGACGCUCACAUAUUCAUGGCACAAGGACAAAGAUGGGUGUGGCUUGUGGGUGAAGUAUUCAAAAUAGAACAGGCUUAGCAAGUGUAAAAAAAAAUAAAAAAAAUUUGAGCUGAUAUAAAUCAUGUUUUGUGCAGUUUAAAUGCGGGAGUGUGACAUGUCAGGCUUAGCAAAAAAAAAAGAUAAUACGGUGCAUUUCACUGUGUUCUGCGCUAAAAUGUUGAGACGUCAUAUGAAGAUGUGUUUAUAGUGAAUCAAAUGGAAAUUCACAUGGGACAGAUUCAAUUAUGGGACGAAUCACAUGGGAAGAAAACGAAUCGUGAUAAACCAUGAGUGAAAACUGAAUCGUGAAAAUUGAAUCAUGUGAGAAAUCACAUGGGGGCGGAUGAAUCAAAUGACAAAUGAAUCAAGUAAAAAAUCAUGUGGGAAAAAACGAAUCAAAUGAAAUCCGAAUCUUGUCAAAAUUCACGUGAACAAAAAUGUAUCGUAAAUAAUCACAUCUGAAAAUUGGGGAGAAAAAAAAAUGAAUCAAAUGAAAAAUGAAUCGUAAGAAAUAAUGCGGAAAAAACGAAUCGUAAACAAAAUCACAAAAAAAUGAAAAAAUGAAUCACGUGAAAACCAAUUAAGUGUGUGAAAAAUCAUGUAUAAAAAAAAGAAUCGUAAAACAUUUUGUGUGGAAAUAAACGAAUCGCUAACAUUACUGCAGUUAGCGAGCUGAUUUGACUAGCACUGUUAUGAGUCGUUUAAAUAAAGAAAACAAAUUGAGGAUCGCAUUUUACAAACUCUCAGAAACACUCGCAUUUAUAUCAUAUGUUUUUGCACAUCUAAUGUAUAUCAUGGCCAAGUCCGAUAUUAGGUCAGGCUUUGAUAAUAGGAAAGUGGAUGAUUAAAAGCGUCCUCCUCGGCAGUAAUCAUCACUGGGUCUUGAAGUGCAAGUUUUUCCACAUAGCACACGUCAAUCUUCCACCACAUCAGUAAGGGUCUUCAUCGUGAGCGUUGUCGCUAUCCAUAAACCUCAGCCUUGAGUAUUUCUUAAACAGUCUUAAAUUAUUUAUGAAAUUCCGCCUGCAGAAGGCGCUCUUCACGUUCUCUCAGUAAAAUUUCACCCUGGAGGUGGAUGGAGAUGGUUUCUCUGCCUGGGCUACUUUGCCAGGGUUCGGUCUUUCAUUACAAAAUGAAUAGUGGGCGAGACAUUGUCAUAACAUCCGACAUUUUGUACAUUUUUGAAAAUGAAAGAAUCCGUUUAAAAAGAAAUCGCUCAGUGUUGUUAAUGGAAAUCUCCCAUCAGUGACUGGUGCAGGUGGAGGAAGCUCGGCCCUGGGACCCCUCUCCUGUGAUCUACAUGCUGUUUAUCGAUCAAAUGUUACACGCGUGUGAUGAUGUCAGACUUGUUUGUGUAUACUCAGCAUUUUCCCCCAGCAUGUGCCCUGUUUGUGUUCAGGAGAAGGGAAAAGGCCAGCUGCAACAGCUUCAGGAGGAUGCGGACCAGGUUGUGGUCAUCAUGCAGCAGAACUUCAACAAGGUCGGAGAGCGUGAGGAAAAGCUAGAGGAACUGGACAAGAGAGCUGACGCGCUGUUAAAGAGUGGCAAACAGUUUCGAAAGUCGACAAGGAAAGUGAGACGGAAGACGGAAACCGAGAACGCAAGACUGCGAUGUAAGAACUGGAGGGUGAUCGCUGGAAUAGUUGUUCUGAUCAUCAUUAUCACCAUUAUCAUCAUUGCAGUAUUGUGGCCGCGGUAAGAACGGAGACUCUGGGUAAAACAGCCAGAGAAGAUGAAUUGAUGGGAUUAAUGGCUAUUGAAGCGACUCAGGAGUGUUUUUUUCUUUUGUUCUGGGUUAAAAUGUGUGUUCAGAUGUUUGCACCAGCAUAACAAUAC